AGCAACCUUUCCUUUGCACAGGUUUUGAUAACUCUCCCCCUUUGUAUCCACAUGUACACAGACAUCGACACAUUUUUACAGAAAUAGGCUCCCCACAAAUGAGCAAUCAUUUGGAAUGAGGAAUCAAAGAUGUGCUUCCCACAGUAUAAUACUGCUUGUCCUCUCUUCAGGUGGCUGAGCUCCCCUGACAUUGCGGGCCUCAGACCAGCCAUUAAAUUCCCUUCUCCCACUCCUACUGCAAACUACACCGUCUCUCUCCUAGUUAUACACGUAUAUGUGUCGCAAAGUGGCAUCCUUACCUGCAGGACACCUACUGUUGGGAACAGCAUUCCUGCAGGACUCAAUCCUGCCCUUCCAUAUGAAGACAUAAGGCCAACUCAAAAGAUUUCCACUGGUGCUAUUUUCUGGCUUUCACCUUUACUUAGAGCCAGAUAUACUAUCACUAACUGAUUGUGUUGCACAUUCAGCUAUAAAGAAUCAGCAAAUAGCUGCGGGAGUAUAAAAGCUCAUCUCCCCAAGUUUAAAGUUCUCUUCAUCUGAAAACAACAGAAGAGGAAGAGAAAAGGCAGCCUGAAAAAAUGGGGAAGAAACGGAAAUUUAGCUCAUUGGAGAUGAUUCUUAUUGCGCUGUUUAUUAUGAUGACAAUCAUAUCAAUUGUUUUUGUGGUACUUUUUGCAACAGGAGAGCCAGGACGCAAGCCAAAUGAAGAAGAAAUCCCCAAAUUUGAAGCUGUAUGUAAAGAUACAUCUUAUGAGCACAGGAUAGAUUGUCUUCCAGAUCAAGUAGCUUCUGAGAUUACAUGCAAGCAACGAGGCUGUUGCUGGAACCCAUUUAAUGAAACCAAUGCUCCAUGGUGUUACUUUUCACAAAAUUAUGGUUAUAAUGUUCUUUCCCAAACUAUUACUCCAAAAGGAUUCAAAGCUGAUCUAAAAAGAGAAAAUUUUCCUACAUGGUUCGGGGAUGACAUAGAAGAUUUAGAGCUGAAUGCUGAAAUGCAAUCUCAAAAUCGAUUUCGGUUCAAGAUAACAGAUGCUAAAAAACAAAGAUUUGAAGUCCCCCAUGAACAUGUGAAAGAUUUUACUGGAACUGCUGCAGAAAAUCCUAAUUACAAUGUUGAAUUAGUGCACCAGCCCCUUGGAAUCAAAGUUUCAAGAAAAUCAACAGGCAAAGUCUUAUUUGAUACAACUAUAGGACCGCUCAUUUAUGCUGACCAGUUCUUACAGUUGUCCAUUAAACUGCCUAGCAGCAAUGUUUAUGGCUUAGGAGAACAUGUUCACCGGCAAUUUAAGCAUGACAUGAACUGGAGAAGGUGGCCUAUUUUUACCAGAGACUGGUUUCCCAACGGAGAUGGAAAUAACCUAUAUGGUGCACAGACAUUUUUCCUGUGUUUGGAGGAUGAAACAGGAGCAUCAUUUGGUGUCUUUUUCAUGAACAGCAAUGCAAUGGAAGUGAUAAUGCAGCCAGCACCAGCAGUAACCUACAGAACAAUUGGAGGAAUCUUAGAUUUUUAUGUAAUCCUUGGCAACAAUCCUGAAGAAGUUGUUAUGGAGUAUCUAGAGCUUGUUGGAAGACCAUAUAUGCCAGCUUAUUGGACUCUUGGGUUCCAUAUCAGCCGAUGGGGCUACAAAUCACUUGCUGAAGUACAGGAGGUGGUUGAGAAAAACAGAGCCAUUAAUAUUCCAUAUGAUGUUCAAUUUACUGACAUUGACUACAUGGAAAAUAGAAAAGAUUUCACCAUAGACCAAACCAAUUUUAGAGAGCUACCAAGCUUUGCUGACAAUCUUCAUGCCAAUGGUCAAAAAUAUAUCAUUAUAUUGGAUCCUGCCAUCGCCAAUCAAAACCUAGCAAAUGGUGAUCCGUAUGAAGCAUAUCAGAGAGGACAAGCUCUUGGUGUGUGGGUAAAUGAGUCUGAUGGCCGAACCCCCCUAAUUGGAGAGGUCUGGCCUGGAGUUACUGUAUUCCCUGAUUAUACUAAUCCUGAAUGUACAAAGUGGUGGGUGAAUGAAUGCCUGGAAUUUUAUAAGAAGGUCAAAUAUGAUGGAAUAUGGAUUGAUAUGAAUGAGGUCUCUAACUUUGUGAAAGGAUCAAGCAAAGGAUGUAAUGUUAAUAAGUUAAACUAUCCUCCAUACACACCUGCAAUUAUGGAUCGCGUAAUGUUUUCGAAGACCCUCUGUAUGGAUGCAGUACAAACUUGGGGAAACCAUUAUGAUGUACAUAGUUUGUAUGGACAUGCCAUGUGUCUUUCUACAGAAGAAGCCAUCAAAGCUGUUUUCCCUGGAAAAAGAAGCAUCAUUUUUUCACGAUCUACUUUUGCUGGAUCAGGCAAAUACUCAGGACAUUGGCUUGGAGAUAAUGCUGCCAACUGGAAUGAUAUUAAAUGGGCUAUACCAGGAAUGCUUGAGUUCAGUCUUUUUGGAAUACCUUAUAUUGGUGCAGACAUAUGUGGUUUCUUUGAUGACUGUACUGAAGAGUUAUGUACACGAUGGAUGCAAGUUGGGGCAUUUUAUCCAUUUGCUAGAAAUCACAAUGCCGAGAAUUACAAGGCACAAGACCCUGCUUCAUUUGGAGCAGAUUCUACUGUUGUAAAAACAUCAAAGCAUUACCUGAACAUCCGGUACACCUUGCUUCCAUACCUUUACACUCUUUUCUACAGAGCACACACUAAAGGAGAGACAGUGGUCAGGCCUUUACUUCAUGAGUUCUAUUCCGAUCCAAAUACAUGGGCAAUAGACAGACAAUUUUUAUGGGGACCAGGCCUUCUUAUAACACCUGUUCUUGAUGAGUAUGCUUUAUCUGUUGAUGCCUACAUUCCUGAUGCCGUCUGGUAUGAUUAUGAAACUGGUUCAAAGUAUGCGUACAGAAAACAGAGGGUGCAGAUGCCUCUCCCCGUAGACAAACUUGGCCUUCAUCUCAGGGGAGGUUAUAUAUUUCCCACUCAGCAACCAGAUGUCACUACUGAAGCCAGUCGCAAAAAACCACUUGGCCUAAUAGUCACAUUGGAUGAUAAUGAAGCGGCCCAUGGAGAAUUCUUCUGGGAUGAUCUUGAAUCCAGAGAUACCAUAGAAUCGGGCAAAUAUAUUUUAUAUCAUUUCUCUGUUUCCAAUAACAGACUUAUCAUGCAAGCAGCAAGAUCAGAUUAUACUGACCCCAAUAACCUAGUGUUUGACGAAAUUAAAGUCUAUGGACUUACCAGGGGAACGACAAGUGUUAUAGUAACAAUGAAUGGUCAGACUAUCCAGCCUGCUCUUUCAUUUAGAUUUGAUAACAACAAGGUCCUACAUAUAACUGGACUACAGCUAAGACUUGGACAGAAUUUCACUGUGACAUGGGAUCAGAUGGGUUCUGAUGAGAUUCCUGAUGCCGAAAAGUUUGACUGCCACCCUGAAUCUAAUGCUGAUGAAACAAAAUGCCAUAACCUUGGAUGCAUCUGGGAGGAAUCCACUCUAGAUGGCAUUCCAUAUUGCUAUUAUCCAUCUGAUUAUGGCUAUAAUGUUGAUGAUGUGCUGGAAACAAACAACGGCUUCAAUGUAAAUAUUUCCUGGCCUGCCGGAACACCGCAACGUUACACCAAAUCCAAAGCAAUCACAAAGCUUUCAGUUGAAGUUACAUUUCAUAACAAUCACCUGCUUCAGUUUAAGAUCUUUGAUCCCAACAACAAAAGAUAUGAAGUCCCAGUUCCGCUAAAUAAGCCAAGCCAUCCAAGUAGCACCAAAAGUGAGCAUCUCUAUGAAGUUGUUGUUCCUCGGACCAGACCAUUUGGAAUUCAAGUCAUCCGGAAAAGCAACGGUGCUGUUGUUUGGGAUUCUAAACUUCCUGGAAUGACAUUUGAAGACAUGUUUAUUCAGAUUUCCACCAGACUUCCAACUAGUUAUGUUUUUGGAUUAGGAGAAACCGAACAUAACUACUACCGUCAUGAAAUGAAUAGAAAAACUAUAGGUCUAUUUGCUAAAGACCAACCUCCUGGAUACCAUGUUAAUGCAUAUGGAGUUCAACCAUUUUACAUGAGCCUGGAUAAUGAUGGCAAUGCUCACGGAGUUCUAUUGCUUAACAGCAAUGCUAUGGAGGUGGCUCUGCAAGAAACCCCAGCAAUAACAUUCCGAACUCUAGGAGGAAUUCUGGACUUUUAUGUGGUCAUGGGUCCUGAGCCAGAGACGGUGGUGAAGCAAUAUACAGAUCUUAUUGGACGCCCUGUUAUGCCAGCCUACUGGUCACUUGGAUUCCAAUUAUGUCGCUAUGGAUACAAAAAUGAUUCGGAAAUCUCUGACCUGUAUGAUAGUAUGAAACGUGCUCAGAUUCCCUAUGAUGUACAAUAUGCUGACAUUGACUACAUGGAAAGACAGAUGGACUUUACACUGGGCCAAAGCUUUCAGGGACUUCCAAGUCUGGUUGACAGAAUAAGAGGGGAAGGGAUGAAAUUCAUUAUACUCUUGGAUCCUGCCAUUGCUGGUAAUGAAACCAAGCCUUAUCCAGCUUUCACCAGAGGUGUGCAAGAUGAUGUGUUUAUCAAAUUUCCAGAUUCGAAUGAUAUUGUUUGGGGAAAGGUCUGGCCAGACCUGCCCGAUGUUGAGGUGGAUAAUUCUCUGGACUGGGAUACACAAGUUAAGUUAUUCAGAGCCCAUGCUGCAUUCCCAGACUUUUUCCUUGAGAGAACAGCAAAGUGGUGGCACAGAGAAAUUGAAGAAUAUCGAAGAGAUUACAUUAGGUUUGAUGGACUCUGGAUAGAUAUGAACGAACCAGCUAGCUUUGUGCACGGAUCUGUAUAUGGAUGCAGAAAUGAAACCUUGAACAACCCCCCGUAUGUGCCAGCUUUAAGUUUCCGUAGUGAAGGAUUGACACAUAAGACCUUGUGCAUGGACAGCCGACAAUACUUACCUGAUGGAACUCCUGUGAACCACUAUGAUGUCCACAAUUUAUAUGGAUGGUCACACGCAAAACCCACUUAUGAUGCUCUUCGCAACAUCACAGGAGAACGUGGAAUAGUCAUAACCCGUUCUACAUAUCCAUCAUCUGGAAAGUGGGCUGGGCACUGGCUUGGGGAUAACACUGCAGCUUGGAAUCAAGUAGAUAAAUCUAUUAUUGGCAUGCUGGACUUUAGUCUCUUUGGUAUUUCAUACACUGGUGCAGACAUUUGUGGAUUUUUUGAAAAUACCACGUAUGAACUAUGUGCCAGGUGGAUGCAACUUGGAGCAUUUUACCCAUUUGCAAGAAAUCACAAUGGAAUUGGAUGGAGGAGACAAGAUCCAGUGAGCUUUGAUGCAAACUUUGAAGAUUUAUCACGGAAUGUUCUGAAUAUCAGAUAUACACUUCUGCCAUACUUAUACACCUUGCUAUUUGAUGCUCACACCACAGGUUCAACUGUGGUGAGACCACUGCUGCAUGAAUUUAUUAAUGAUAAGAACACUUGGGAUGUCUAUGAACAAUUCCUGUGGGGAGCUGCAUUCAUGAUCAGCCCUGUAGUUAGAGAAAAAGAAACAACCGUGAACGUCUAUUUUCCAAACACAGUUUGGUAUGACUAUCACACAGGUGUCAUAGUAGAACAACCAGGUAGCAGUAAAAAUCUUUCUGCACCACUAGAACAUAUUAACCUUCAUGUAAGAGGUGGCUACAUUUUACCACAGCAAGCUCCUGCUUUCAAUACACAUCAAAGUCGGCAAAAUACAUUAAAACUUCUUAUUGCUUUGGAUGCUCAAGAAAAUGCCCAUGGCCAUCUUUUCUGGGAUGAUGGUAAAAGCAUUGACUCAAUUGACCAUGGGGUUUAUACUAUGUAUGAAUUCAAUGCUACGUUUAAAGCCAUAACCUUAAAAGUCACACACGGUAACUACACAGACCCAAAUAAUCUAAUAUUUGAUGAAAUUAAAAUCCUUGGACUACCAAACAACAUUUUCAGGCUUGAUGUGUUAAAAGAUGGUGUGGCACAAUCUUCUCCACAUAAAUUAAGUUAUAACUCAAGUACCAAGGUUGCUCAUAUCACUGACCUUAAUCUAGUGUUUGGAGAAUCAUAUACCCUUGAAAUCAAUAAUGAUUUGUAUAGGUUCGAGUGUUAUCCUGAAGGAGGUGUUACUGAAGAAAAUUGUGAAAAACGUGGAUGCCUUUAUGUUGAACCAAAAACUGUAAACCAUCCAUCCUGUGUCUAUCCAAGUUCUUUUGGUUAUAAUGCCAACAAUAUACAAACCACUGGGACAGGAAUAACAGCAGAUCUUCACAUUGCACAGACUUUUUCACGUUAUGAUGUCUCUCCUCCCAUAAAUGAUCUUAAAUUAACAGUCACGUUCCAUGAAAAUGAAAUGCUUCAAUUUAAGAUAUAUGAUCCCAAUGAAAAACGGUAUGAAGUUCCUGUACCACUAAAUAUCCCAAGCACACCAUCCAGUACAGACCAAGGAAGACUGUAUGACGUUGAGAUUGUUAAUAAUCCAUUUGGAAUUCGAAUCAAAAGAAAAAGCACUGGAACAAUAAUUUGGAAUUCUCAUGUUCCUGGGUUCACCUUUUCAGACAUGUUCAUUCAGAUAUCAAACCUACUGCCCUCAAGUUAUAUCUACGGAUUUGGAGAAACAGAACACCGUCAAUACCGUAUGGAUCUGAACUGGCACACCUGGGGAUAUUUUGCCAAAGACCAAUCCCCUGGUUAUAAAGACAAUUCAUAUGGAGUACAUCCAUUCUAUAUGGGCCUGGAAAACGAUGGUAAUGCUCAUGGAGUGUUCCUGCUUAACAGCAAUGCCAUGGAUAUAACAGUACAACCCACCCCAGCUUUAACUUAUCGCACAAUUGGUGGCAUUUUAGACUUUUAUGUUGUACUGGGUCCAACACCAGAGAUGGUUGUUCAACAAUACACUAAACUCAUAGGAAGACCUGUUAUGCCAGCUUAUUGGGCUCUUGGAUUCCAGUUAUGUCGCUAUGGAUAUAAAAACGACAGUGAAAUUGAACAAGUGUAUAAUGAAAUGGUGGCAGCUCAAAUUCCUUAUGACGUACAGUAUGCGGACAUUGAUUACAUGGAGAGACAAAUGGACUUUACUUUAGGCAAAGAUUUUCAAAGACUUCCUGAAAUAUUUGAUAGAAUCCGAACACAAGGAAUGAAAGUCAUCAUCAUGCUGGAUCCAGCUAUUGCAGGAAAUGAAACUGAACCAUACCCCGCUUUCACAAGAGGAAGGGAUCAGGAUGUCUUCAUAAAAUGGGAUGACAAAAGUGACAUUGUAUGGGGCAAGGUCUGGCCGGAUUUACCUGGUGUAGUGGUCAAUGAGUCACUUGGUUGGGAUGAGCAAGUUCAACUGUACAGAGCUCAUACAGCGUUCCCAGACUUUUUCAAGAACGUCACAGCAGAAUGGUGGAAACAAGAAGUGAAAGAGUUCAGAGAAAAGUAUAUUAAAUUUGAUGGUUUAUGGAUUGAUAUGAAUGAACCUGCAAGUUUUGUGCAUGGAUCUGUCACUGGUUGCAGAAAUGAAAUUCUGAACAGACCACCCUACAUGCCAGCCUUGAAUUCAAGAAGUGAAGGAUUAGCGCAUAAGACUAUAUGUAUGGACAGUCAACAAUUCCUCCCAGAUGGCACCCCAGUAAGACAUUAUGAUGUUCACAAUCUGUAUGGAUGGUCACAUGCUAAGCCUACAUUUGACAUCGUGCGGAAUAUAACUGGAAAGAGAAGCAUUAUUGUCAGUCGUUCUACAUAUCCAACAGUUGGGCAGUGGAUAGGACAUUGGCUUGGAGACAACACUGCAGCCUGGAAUCAGAUUGAUAAAUCUAUUAUUGGCAUGAUGGAGUUCAGUCUUUUUGGAAUCUCUUACACUGGUGCGGACAUUUGUGGAUUCUUUGGCGACACUACAUAUGAACUAUGUGCUCGAUGGAUGGAAUUGGGUGCAUUCUAUCCUUAUGCUAGGAACCAUAAUGGAAAAGGUUACAUUAGACAAGAUCCUGUUAGUUUUGAUGAGCGCUUUCAAGACAUAUCCAGAAAUGUUCUUAACAUCCGAUACCAACUGCUGCCAUACCUGUAUACACUAAUGUAUGAAGCACAUACAGGAGGCUCUACUGUUGUCCGUCCCUUAUUACAUGAAUUUGCUAAUGACAAGGCAACGUGGGAUGUUUAUGAGCAGUUCUUGUGGGGACCAGCAUUUAUGAUCAGCCCAGCUCUUAGACAGGGCCAAACAAAAGUAAAUGCUUAUUUUCCAGAUGCCCGAUGGUAUGAUUAUCACACGGGUAAGAAUGUCAGUGAAAGGAAAACAACUGUUGAAUUAGAUGCUCCUCUUGAAGUUAUUAAUCUUCAUGUUAGAGGUGGAUAUAUCAUACCAUGGCAAGAUCCUGCUAAUAACACAGAGUACAGCCGUAAAAAUUUUAUUGGGCUUCUGGUAGCCCUGGAUGAUAAUGAACAUGCUGAAGGCAAGCUCUUCUGGGACGAUGGAGAAAGUAUAGAAAUGACAAGUUACUACCUGGGAAGGUUCACAGCUGAUAAGAAAACCAUUACAUGUGAAGUACAAUCAAAUAAUUAUCUAUCGCCAACAAAUCGUCUACUCCUUGGACAUGUGUAUAUUUGGGGUCCUGGAAUAAGUGCCAACCUAAAUGUUUCAGUUACAUAUAAUGGUAUACCUGAGACCAUUACAACUUUUAGUGCAGCUGAUGGGAUUCUACAAAUCCAUUUAGUAAACAAACAAUACAAUUUAGCCAAUCCUAUCACCAUCACAUAUACAUAAAAACAAGAUCGGAAAACCUUCAUUGGAGGAGGAUUUUACAAUGAUUCUCUGCUCUUUUCAGAAUUGUGUACAUCAAUAACAUCUACUAUUUUCUUCGACAAAAUAUACGUUGCUUUACUUCAACAAAAUAAAUAUUUUGGACU